AGGCGCUACUGGUGCUUCAAAAUGGUGUGGCGGCAGAGAAGAAAGACUAAAGAAUAUCUCUCUCUUUUCUGAUUUACAGUGUCUUUUAUAGAUAUUACUCUACUUUGAAUAGUAAACAGAAUCUAUCAGGUUAUCAAUUCAGUGUUGACGAAGAAUAAACAAAGAAUUGCUAAUUUUAGAAAUUCAUAACAGUAUAAUUGAAUAAAAUGUCAUCAACAAGUGAUACAGAAAUUAAUCAAGAAGAACAAAAAAAUGUUGAUAGAAAAAAUAAAGCUAAAAUAUGUUGCAGAUUUUGUCCUUCUGUUAUAUUAAAUGUAGGAACAAGCACUUUUAUUCCACAUGAGUUUCCUCUACCUCACAUACAUUCCAAGGGUACAGAAGAGAAUGAAAAAGUGGAAAUAAUUAAGGACUAUUGGGUAGUAGAUAAAGGAUUGUAUGAAUUUGAGAAUGUUAGUAUAACAAAAAUAGUGGAUAAAAUAAAAUAUCUAGGUUGUGCAGAUUGUGAAGUAGGUCCUAUAGGAUAUAUGGAUCUUUCUACUGAAAAAUAUUAUGUAGCUGUAUCUCGUGUCAUGUAUAGAAAUGAUGAUUCUAAAGAAUCCAAAGAAUCCGAACAAUAAGAUAUAAUCACAUCACAGGUGAUUGAAUGAAUCAAGUAUAACAAUUAAGUAAAUUCAAAUGUAAAUUUUUAAUUGAACAAUAUGUUGAUAUUUUUUAUGAAAUAAAAUUUGUCACUUUUAAAAAAAAAAUUUA